CCAUGGCUGCCUGUACGCCACUACACACCACAGAAAGAGAGCCAGAAGAGUGGAGCCCAAAUCAAGGGCGUGUCGAGGUAAUAGAGAGCACCGCGAGUCAGUGCGGGAGCGGGACUGGGCGCCGAGGUGAGGGUUGAUCGAAUUCGCAGGGACUGGGCAAAGGAGAGGUUUUUCGCCGCCGGUUCCGUCGUCAGCGACUGCCGUCGAGCCCAGAAGCUUGCUAUCUUGUCUACAUAUCAACACUUGAGGCUCAACUCUCAAGGAUGGCGCUCUGCACAGCUUCUAUCUGGAGUUCAGCUCAGUGGUCUCAUAUAUUAACGCCUGGCCCUCAUGUGGCGUUCUAUGGAUCUGCACUUUCAGGUUCCUCAGUGACCCAAAGGAGAAGGCGAUCAGCACUUUAUGUCGUGAAUGCCGUACCAACUGGUGCUCCACCCUCUUCUCAGAGCAUAACCGAACUUUCACGCACCAAUGGAGCAGCUUUUAAAAGUAUAUCUAGCGACAAACCCAGCAGUGCACUGGAGCAACUUGAUAUCGAACGCGGUGUCUGUAUCCCAUUCCGGAAGUACACGCCAGAACUGGUCAGGAAUAAAGUCUUGGAAUCAAGAGGCUCCAUACUAUCCCUCGCUAGUCGGGGAGUGGAGAUAAUUUGGAAACUCGGAUUUUACUGGUCAUCUCUAAUGUAUGACUUCUUGGUUGGACGGGAUGAAGAAAUUGUUCCAUUCCGUGCUCGCCAGCUCCGUAAUCUUUUAUGUGAUCUGGGGCCAUCAUUCAUAAAAGCAGGACAGGUUCUAGCUAAUAGGCCAGAUAUAAUUCGCGAGGAUUAUAUGAAUGAACUCUGCAUCUUGCAAGAUGAUGUUCCUCCAUUUCCUAACCAGGUGGCUUUUGCGAUAAUUGAGGAGGAACUUGGACAACCUCUAGAGAGAUUGUUCAGCAGAAUUUCAUCAAAGACAAUAGCAGCUGCAAGUUUGGGCCAAGUUUACCGUGCCACACUUAGAGAAACUGGGGAGGAUGUUGCUAUAAAGGUUCAGAGACCAGGGAUUGAGCCAAUAAUAUACAGAGAUCUUUUCCUGUUUCGCACUCUGGCUUCCUUUUUGAAUGGGAUUAGCCUUCAAAAACUAGGCUGCAAUGCAGAGCUUAUUGUUGAUGAAUUCGGGGAAAAACUUUUGGAAGAACUUGAUUACACUCUUGAAGCUACAAAUAUUGAGGACUUUCUAGAAAAUUUUAAGGACGAUCCAACCGUCAAGAUCCCUCAAGUCUAUAAGCAGUUUUCAGGUUCUCGUGUUUUGGUGAUGGAGUGGAUAGAUGGAAUCCGAUGCACUGAUCCACAGGCUAUAAAAGAAGCUGGGAUUGAUUUGGACGGAUUUCUCACAGUUGGAGUGAGUGCAGCGUUGCGUCAGUUACUCGAAUUCGGCCUUUUCCAUGGAGAUCCACAUCCUGGAAAUAUUUUUGCGAUGCGUGAUGGUCGUAUUGCUUAUGUUGACUUUGGCAAUGUGGCCGUUCUUAGCCAGCAAAACAAACAAAUCCUAAUUGAUGCUGUUGUUCAUGCUGUGAAUGAAGACUAUGCUGAAAUGGCAAAUGACUUCACAAGGCUGGGUUUUCUUGCUAGUGGAACAGAUGUAUCCCCAAUCAUUCCAGCUCUGGAAGCCAUUUGGCAAAACUCAGCUGGAAAAGGCUUGUCAGACUUCAAUUUCCGGAGUGUGACUGGGAAGUUCAAUCAGCUUGUGUACAAUUACCCCAUCCGCAUCCCAGAAAGGUUUUCUUUGGUUAUCCGUUCUUUAUUGACACAAGAAGGAAUUUGCUUUACGCUAAAGCCUGACUUUAAGUUUCUUGAGGUUGCAUAUCCAUAUAUAGCAAAGCGUCUUUUGACAGAUCCAAACCCUGCUCUCCGUGAACGACUGAUUCAGGUACUAUUCAAAGAUGGGGCAUUCCAGUGGAAACGACUAGAAAACCUUAUAGUUCUUGCCAAGGAAAAUGUGACCAAGAUGAGCAGCAAUCCUGCACUAAAAAAGAAUAGCUCGCAAACUGUGAGAAGUCGACAAUUGGAGAGUAAACUAGAUCUCACUGAAACAAUAAAAGAUGGAGCACGCAUGUUCCUUAUUGAUGCUGGGAUCAGGAGACAACUUAUCCUGGCUUUCACUGAAGACUCUAAGUUGCACGUCGAAGAGCUUUUUGAUGUUUACAGACUGGUUGAAGAUCAAAUAGAUAUGCCUUCAGUUGCCCUUGAGGUUCUUCAAGAUUUACCAUCUGUUGCACGAGAUUUUAUGCUUUCUUGGAGCGAUUCCAUCCUAUCAGACCGCCAGUACUAACCACCCUUACAGCUGGAACAGAAAGCAGAGUGAAGUAAGCACCCUGCAAGAUCAUGGUACCUCAAGACAAUCUGAACCAAAAUAACUAGACAGGCGCAUUCCUUCUUGUUGUAUACAAUUUGUUUUUCGUUUAAUUUUUGUAUAGCAAAAUCUUCAAUCUGAAGUUUGUUUUAGAACUUCUCAGCUGUUCUUCCUCUGCCAUUUGUAUAGCACAAAGGGACUUGUAUUAUUGUAUAUAACAUGAGCUUGUAAUCUCGAACACUGUAGGUGUACGCAGAAAGAAUACAGAUAUAUAGCAAGCAUGUAGGUGUACAAAGAAAUUUGUCUUGUUGUCGA